UUUAACUGGGUACAGAGUGUAAGAAGCAAAAUAUAUAGAAAAUUGCUAUAAAAUUGAAAAGAAACGCUUUAAAUUAACUAAAUGGUUAUUAUUUGUGAAUUAAACAAUUAUUUUCAUAAUCAUAUUAGUAUUGUCUUAGCUAAAAUGUGAGACGAACUUUAAUUGUCGUUAAUUAAAAAGAAUGUCGUAAACUUUUACUUGUCUCUUGGCUAAGGUGGUGGCCAUAGAAAAUUUGAAAGUGGUUGGUUAUUAAAGAUGAUGACUCUUCCAUCUGUGGUAUCCAUAAGAGGGUUUAUAAAUUUUUUUUAUUUUUUUCUUUUAAUUGUGCAACAGCAAAUACUUAGAAGUAUUAAAAUGAGAAAUUCUAUAAAAACCAAAUAAUCAUAUAGUUUAAGCAAAAAAAAAACAAACAUAAAAAAAAAACGGUAACAAUCCUAUACUAAAAGAUAUUUCGCUUGUUUACAUAAGAAUUAUAGUCAUGCACGUUUUUUAGUUAUGAAAAGGAAAUAAGUAAAGUGACAAAAGAGAAAAAAAAAACACAACAUACUCUUAGGCGUCAAUGUAGAAUCGCAUAAACAUGCAGCAUAAUCAUUCACACACAUAUGCGUGCAAACUAAACCAAAGAAAGAAUCGCUCGCAUACAAUUAUAAACAAAUAUGUUUACAUACAUAUACUUUAUCAUAGUUGUUAAACACAAACGCAACAGAACGGCAAAAAGGAAAAAGCAAUCACAACAAUAGACGUUUACAUGCAUAGAAAUUUAGUAAAUUGUAGCCUACUAACUAGACAUAUUAAUUAAAAUGCAAUAAACAAAGGUGAAAAUAUAUCAAAAAAGAAUUUGCAAAACGAAGGUGCAAAACUAAACAGAAAACAGUUAGAGAAAAAAUUAUAAACAAACAGAACAAUGGUAAUAGCAAGCAGCAAAGUGGAAAGUGCAUAAAAUUUGUGCAUUGUUCAGUUGCCAAGGACAGAAGUUGCUUUUGUCAUUACUCUACAAUGAAUAACAACAACAAAAUACAAUAAAAUCUGUAUAUAUACAUUUACUUUUUGGGGUUGGAGGGGUGAUUACGCUUAUGAGUGUCACUGUCAGUGCAACAUUUUUAAAUGAAAGGAAAACAUAUAAACGGAAAUCAAUGUAAAAUAAAUCAACAACAGCUGUAAAUAAAUGCAAAUUGGAAAACUUCAUUUUCGUAGCCAUCACUUGACAUCAAAGUCUUUUGUUUUUAAAUUAAUUUCAAUAAAUGUGCAAAAUAUGAAGGCGAACGAGAUGGAUGACAUAUGAGUACAUGAAAAAAUAUAUUCAAAAAAUUAAGCUUUUAAAAAUUGUGGGGUCUGUUUUUAGAAUUUUUGUUUUUUUAUUUUUUUCCGAUAUUUGUAAACAGUAAUUAAACCAUUUUCGUAAUCGCGAGAAUGUCAGCUAUAGACGGACUUAUAUGACGCUUAGUUGUUGCUUAAAGAAUUCGAAUUUCAGUUGAUUCAAGAUAUUCUAUAUAUAUGAAUAAGGAGUUUCUUUGUAUGUCACAUACAGAAUGACAAAACAAUUGUCCUUCUAAUUUCUGGUGGUGGAUAUAUAAAUACAAUUUUAUACAAUAAACACGCACAUACAUAAGCAUGCUCACUAUCUGAGGAACAACAAAAAAAAAAAAAAAAAAAAAAAAAAUACUUAGCAGACAAUACAAAGAAAUCGACUGCAUCAAGUAAGAGUUACAUUGUUCCACACAGCGACAAUAACAAUAACUUUACUGCAAUAAAGAUGCUCUCGAUGCUCAUAGUUAUAACAUUGUGUUAUACUGCAUAUAUGUCAAAGUUUGUAGCAGCACGUUUCUGUGAAGGCGGCCAUAUUUGUUCCUUACCGCGAGAAUGUUGUACACAAGGAUGCUGUCCACCUUAUCAAAGCGGACCGCGCCAAUUACCACCACCGUCAGAUCAUGUACUGAAUUUAUUUUUCAUAAGCCAUUGGUUCUUUUGGUGUGUCGUGGUAGCGAUUAUUUUAGCCAUCCUGUGCGCGUAUUCUUUGUGGAAAAAACGACGCACACUCUGUGGUUGGGGUUUCAACGAACAUAAUGCACAAUCGGAAGGCGACUCAGCCGGUUCAUGUUAUGCUCCUCCACAAUACAGCCGUUGUAAUUCAUUUCUUCACCCACCACCGCCAUACACUGAGGUCACAUCGAAACCGGACUUAUAUCCUUUAGUUUAUACAUGUAAUGGUGAUAACGGUAAAAAUGGUUCCAGUUAUUUAAUGGUGCAAUAUUUUCGCAAUUACAUUGUACGUCCAGCCGGAUCAUUAUCCGCUGCAAGCACCGUAGAUUCACUUAGCUCUAGUUUUAUAUGUAACAUUAAUGAAGCAAACACAUUGGUACCACCACCGUAUUCGAGGGCAGCCAGCCCUGAUGUAGGUUUCAAUUCACAUUUCCAGCAACAAUACAUGAUGCCACGAUCGGCUUCGCAAGUAGUAUGCCAAAACAUUACCAAUGCUCUGGCGGCAAAUGGCGCUGGCGGACAAUACGAAAUGAAUGGGAAUAUAUUAGGUCAACAGCUUUAUUAUGGACGUGGUGCGGGCAAUCACUAUGCAACUGUGACCAUAAACUCAGCUAUGGGUCGAGUGGGCGGUGUCGGUGGCUCGGUGAUAACCGAUCGUAUUGGAAAUUAUAAUGCCAAUCCGCUUGAUUCGGAAAGCGGGACAUUAUAUGACGAAAUGGAUGAUUCAGUGGAACGCACAAGUGAUCAUGUCAAUGCCAAUGUGAUAAAUAGCGGGGAAAUGCGUACGCUUCCUAACAGUACCGGAUUUGUGCAAUCCCAAAGCGAUCAGCAUUUUCGCUACAUAACAAAUAGCAAUAGCAGCAUUAGUGAUAUUUUUGUUAAUAAUAGUUGUGCGGCAGGAAUUGGCGGUGGUGGUGGUGGCGUCGCUACCGACAACGUUAGUGGUACACAACGUUCCGAAGAUACGUCCGUGUCAGGUUCGGUUUCGGGUGCAGCUGGCGGUAUCGGCGUUGUGGUGCAUCCACAAGUAGGUGGCACACCAGUAAUCUAUAGCAAUGGCAGUAUAAAGCCGAAUCCGUUACAUCGUGCAAGUACUAAUCCUACACAAUUUACUGUCGAAUCUCCAAGGGAUCCGCUCUACCAAUCCAAUAAUUCGAUAGGUGGUAUUUCGAUAACCGUACCGGCCACAUGUAGUGCUGAUAAUUCUACAAUUUUGCGUAAUGGAAAUGAAUUAAGAGAUUUGCAAAUGUUACGACGAAGCUUGGAAACGUGCUGUCAGUUAUUGCAACAACAACAGAAACUGCCAUCGGGGAGCUUUGGUGUUGGCGAUUCACCGCUACGUAUGAACGAUCUAACCAAAAAGUAUAUCGAUGAAGGUCUAUUACGCAGUUACUUUACGUCGGGAACUUGCUCCGGCGUUAGCAGUUUGGCUAAUAUCGGGACACCUACAUCACCUCCGCAGGCCACUAGUCCUACGGGCGAAGUAAAAGAAAUUAUCGAUCAAAUACGUCAGUUACAAGAGGGAGUCUAUAAAUAUGAAGAGGACCUAUUUUUAAGAUCAACACGUCCCGUAUUGCAGCAGACUUUAUCCUCCCCUUCGCCCACAAUCAUUGAAAAUAAUAGUAAAUUGCAACGAAUAGCUACAAUGCCUGAGCCACAAACGAGCCUAAUUGAUAACGUAGGCCCGAAUUCGGCCUCAGCUGUUUCACCUAAUGCUUCUGCAGCCAACACGCCAUCAUCAUCAAGUGCAGCAGUGGGGACUAAUGGCAAUAAAUUGACGAGCAGCAAAUCAUUAAUCAGCAGUACCGGAGUUAGCGGCAUAUUUACCUCCAGUAAACGACCCUCAAGUUUGCAGCAGAGCAAAAAACGAUUUUAUUGUUCCAAACCUCCCAGUAAAGCUAUGUAUAUACCGAUGAUGGCUACAAAUACAGUAACAUCAGGUAAUCGUUGCAUACUGAAGAGUCCAGUUAGCAAUGUUGUUGCAUCAAGUUUCUUUGUUAAUCGCGGGAAUCGUUCGCGCAAAGGUUGGAUAUCCCGUUCCGCCCCAACAACGCCGGCUACACCAUUACCACCAAAUUAUCUCGGGGACGAUAGCCCUCUCCUGCACGAACACGACGAGGAUCAAGAAGGCGAACAAUCUGCUGAAAUGGAUUAAUUUCCAAAAAGCCGAUACUAAAGCGCAAAGGCAUAGUAAUUUCGUUACUGCGCUUACAAUAGCCAAUGUGUAGGAUUAACAGAAGAGCUCAAGGAGCGACUAAAGACUACGAGAGACAGACAACCAAAACCCAAUUAAAUGAUAACGUUUUUUUCUCCCUCUCUCGCUAUGGAAAUGCAAUUUUAUACUGAUCAAAUGAAAUACUUCUGUGUUCAUAAUUGCCUCGAUUCUGUAUAACUGCAGAAAUGAUAUCACGUUUUUGCUUAACGGAUGGGAGCGAAACAUUUGUGCUUGCUUGUUUGCAUAUUUUGCGAAAGUGACUGAAGUCAAUUUCGAAAUGUAUAUUCCGUAUAGAUUCGAUGCAUUAUGCAUUGUCGAAAUCUUUAUCGGAAUUCCGUGUAUAGAAACAUCACUAAUAUACUGUAGUUUCCGUUGCGAUAUUUCGACAGAUAUUGGAUGCAAUUGCUUCUCUGCUCUAUCAGACAUCAACUCCUAAAACUGAUAUACAUGCGUAAUUAGUUUAAGUUUUCAAAAGCCAUAGAUAGCAAAGGUAAAGUUUGAAGUUAUUACAUUAUUUGUCGUUGAAGUAUUCAUAGAGACCUGUCCGUCUCUUGAUUUCUAUCUGUUUCCAAACUUUGACAAAUUUCUACAUGCCGAACGCUUUGCCCUCAAACGAAAAAAUACUGAAAAUCUUUAGGAAAAUCGUCUCAAAUAUAUAGCACAUAAGUAGAAUAACUAUUCGCAAAAAUAUUGUUAUGCAAUUCGCUUUUCUAAGAUAGGACUCGCACCACUAGAUUAUGGAUAUUCUUUUCAAGAGAAAUACACAUCAAAGUUCUAUAAUUUACAAUUACAUUCCUUAAGAGUAGAAUUAUUCACAAUUUAUUUUUGGCAAUGCUUUCGACUGCUCAACCCAAAUAUUCGUUUUCUUGCUACCCUACCUCCCACAAAUAUUCUAUAUAUACACAUUCUUACAAGCAUAUUGCUAUGCCUAAAUUCACGGCUUCAUUUUUAAUCCGUUAACCUGCUUUUCCGCUAAUCGUUUUCAUCGGCCGGCAGCUGCAUGACGCGCCGCGAAUGUGCAUUUGGUUUUUCCCGCUUUAGGGCAUUUAUUAUUUGAGAAAAUUGAUUAACUGGAAUGAACUCGAUUUGGGAUUUGCUUAACAAUAUAUUGUAAUUAGGAAGAAAUUUUUUGUUUAGAAUAAAGUUUUUCUUUACGCUACAGAAUUGCUUUGCGAUUCUCGCUCCAUCAGUUUUUCAAUUCAAUUAGGUGAUCAGCGAGGUCAUUCUAAAAAAGUUCAAUCCGCUUUCAAUAUCGAGUCGAAAUUUGAGGUUGGAGCUACAAGCGAGUGCGCAGCAAUGCCCUUAACUGAAAAGACUGUACUUUUUUGUAUACACUAAAAAUUAUAGCAUUUCAGAUUUAACGAAUGAACUCUCCGUAGAACUCUUUAGUAUUAAAUGGCGUUAAAUGAAAAAUCAGAUGAAUACUCCUUGAAUUACUUGAGAACAGCUGGUCCCUGCCAAAGCCUUUCAAAACUUUAUUCUUCUAUAUACUCCUUAUCAUCAUUUUUAUGCACAUCAUAUUGCAACAAUGUCUGUAAACUUUUUUCAGUUCUCUAGAAGCGAGUAAGACUUGAGUUUAAAGAUUCACUAUUCAGACAACAGAUUUUGAACAGUUACGUUUUUAGUUACUUAUGAGAUACGCGCUAUAUUUUCUACAAACCUAUAAAUAGCAAGACUGAAAACCUACUGACGCAUGAAGAAUGAAAAUUUGAAUGCGGAAAAUUCGUGUCGCAUACUAUACCUUGGUUUCAAUGAACGCUUUCAUGUUGCAAUGUAAUGAGCAAUUCGUGCCGCGACCUAAAAAGAGCAAUUAUAUCCAUGUCUUGAUAUUAUUAUGCUAAUGACUAAGAUAAAUAAUUAUUCAGAUUAAAUGAUCGAGACUUGGUCGAAAUAAACAAAUUUUUUUUCAAUAUGUAUGAUGUAUAUGGGCCUAGAAAAGAUUUUCAUAAAAUGUUCUCGAUGAGGAAAAUUCAUUCAAUUGAAAUAUCGAUGCUGAAAUGUCUAAGAAAUAUUCGUCAGCAAUUGCCAUUAUAACUUGGCCGGGGAAACGCUAUUUAAUCAAACUUGUAAACUAAUUGUCCGAAUGUUAUGAACAAUUGUCACCUAUCGUGCUUGAAAGUUAGUAAGCAGUAUUCAGAAAUCAUAUGGGUCUGGCAACACUGAUGUCGUACAUAUGUCAAUUAGGCGAAUUAUUGAGUGAUGUGUUAUCUAUUUGCUGCUUUAAUGGUUUAGGACCAAAACUGAUGUCACAUUUAUUAUUCAUGGUCGAAACAUUCGAAGGCAUGGCCUCAUUGAACCUUAUUUAGGGAAUUGAGCAAAGAUCGAAAAAAAUUAUAGUUUGAUGGCAAAAGAUCAGGGUCCGCGCUAUAGAAUGAAAGUCCCGAACUGAUUUAUCUUACUUAACAAGGCUUUAGUGUUUGCUUUGAAUUGUUAGACAUAAUUACUUCAAUCAUCUGCUGUACAGGUUAUGCAAUCUGACGUCGAAAAUGCCUAUCAUGGAAAAGCAAAAAGUGGAAAUUGAAUCGAUCUCCUCUCUUCGACGAUAACUUUCUUGCUUCGUUAACGUUCAUUUUGUCAUUUGCCUGAACAUCCAAAUAACUUUUGACCGGAUUUAUUGAGGCUUUUAAAUGUCUGACAGGGAGAACGCAUACCCACGUAUAUCCCAUGACCAAAAUCAUAACUGUACCUUAAAGGCUACGCGAUAUUAAGCUGAUCAAGCUGGCAUUUCAUUUAAAUUUUUACGGGGCGUGCACAAACAUGACAAAAAAGAAUUAUAUUUGAUGUCAAGGUUAUUUUUGUUUAAAUAUCGCAACUUAUUCAACCUUCCCUCCGGAUUAACGAAUGUUUACGUUUACGCACAAAGGUAAUAUGACAAUUUCGCAUUACUUACUUUUAGAUGGUAAAGAUGUAUGCUUUCAGUUCCUCAUCUUUUUUUUUUUUUUUUUUUUUUGUUUUGCAAAAAAUCCAUACAUACACACAUAACAAUAAAUGGUUGGUGAGUAUGAAAUGAAUUGAGUCGACUUAAGCUUGAGUUAAUCGUAUUUCUUUAUUUUUGACGCAAUUUCAAAAUCACUUAGAAUUAAAUAGAAUUGAAUUAAUUUAUAAACAAUAUAAAAUUAGAUAUUUAUUAAUGUAUGUAAGAAUUUAGAACUGCAAAUGUAAUUUACUAGCAAAAGAUAUGUUGCAAAUAAAAAUAACAACAACAAAAAAAAAAAAAAGAAAAGAAAAACAAUAAUCACAAAAUAUUGAAAUGCUUUUAAUGUUAGUUUUUAAGCAAGAAUUCAAAUACGAAAAUACUAAACUAAGUAAUUAAAUAUUUUUGGGCUUUUAACUUAUAGAAAGAACUAACAAAAAAAAAAAAAAAA